AUGCCGUCAGCCACUGAACCCGAUUGCGGUCUUUGCGACUCUAUCCAGAAAGCCGGGACGAUCAAGAAGCGGCUUAUUGUCUGUUGCGAUGGAACGUUUACGGCGUCGAAUACGGGGAGAGAAACGAAUCCCAGCAACAUCUCGCUCUUGAGCCGAACGAUCGCGAACGUGGGUAUCGAUCCAAAUGAUCCGAAGCACGAGAAGAUUCCUCAGGUGGUGUUCUACCAGUCUGGCAUUGGCACUGGGGCGAUGAGCUUGACGACCAAAGUGAUGCAAGGUGGAUUUGGUGGAGGUUUGAACGAGAAGGUAGUUGAGGCAUUCACCUUCCUUGCCAACAACUAUGGGCCCAACGACGAGAUCUUCCUUUUCGGCUUCUCUCGCGGCGCCUAUACCGCUCGAUCUAUAGCCGGUCUCAUAUGCCAGGUGGGCCUUCUGACCCCUGGCAUGAUGGACUACUUCGACGAGAUCUACAACGAAUACAAGAGGCGAGGGGAUGCCAAAUCGUUCGAAGACACGGAGUGGGCCAAGGCUGAGGCAGUGAGAGGAGAGCUUGGGUUGGAUGACACGAUGUACCCUGGUGAGAAGAUGAGUAGGAUUGAGUAUAUCCGUAAGUGGGCGCAUUUGCAUGUCAAGAUCAAGGUCGUUGGUGUGUUUGAUACUGUGGGGAGUUUGGGCAUAAGUGGACGGGUGGAUCAACCUGGCACGGAUUUGGACUUUCAUUCUACGACGCUGCAUCCGAAAAUCGAAAAUGCCUUCCACGCCCUCGCGCUAGAUGAGUCUCGCGGUAACUUUCCACCCACUCUCUUCUACCUGGACGAAGCCUGCCGGGAAGCAGGCGUCAACCUCCGUCAAUGCUGGUUCCCAGGCUACCACGGCGACAUAGGCGGCGAUGCCAUCCCCUUGCUAGACACCAACAGCAUGAACGAGAUCACCUUCGCCUGGAUGAUCGACCAGCUCGAACGCGCCCAACUCCUCCAAUUCGACAAAACCGCCCUGAAAUACCCCAUCCUCAGCCGUCUCGAAAACCUCGACGCCAACACCGUCACCUCAUUCCCACCCCUCACCCCAGAACAGGUCCACAAACGCCGCAUCCAAUGGUCCGACGGCAGACUCAUGCCCACCGACAAUCUCUUCUGGCAAGCCGCAUCUCUCCUCUCCACACUCCGCUUCAGCUACCGCCGCGAGCCGGGAACCUACUACGCCAAAGACGGCGGCUCACAAAUCGACUACGAACACUUCAAAGAAGAGAUCCAUCCGACCGUUUACCAUCGUAUGCUCUCGCGUCCGCACGGCUGGGCCGCGUACAAGCCUGAGGCACUGAAGGGUUGGAAGCGAGUGGCGGAUGGGCCGGGGAGGGGGUUCUCGUGGGUGAAGGAGAUUAGGAAGGGUUGGUUGGGCGUUGGGGAGAAGGAGGUGGUUAAGAUUCAAGAGUAUCGGAUUGAGAGGUUGGAGGAGAGGGAUACGAAGGGGUACGAGCAUUGGACGGGGAGUUUGGAGAGAGUGCUGGCGCCGAAGGAGUAUUUGGUGUAUUUGGAUCAGGCGUGGGAGGUGUAA